UUGGCACUGCACGCCCAUUGGGACCAAUCUGAAACGGGGAUACACCCGGCCAGGAGCGAUAAUUAUACUUGGCACGUCUCAACUAUUUCUUGAUUCUCCGUGUCUUGGUAGGCACGGUUGACGAUCACCGUGCCUGACGGGAGAUUGGCCCUCUAUCCGUGACGCACUAAUGCGAUGUCUUGGCCCUACCGGGUAAUUGGCGCGCCUAUGAUAGACAGACACUUCCGACUCUAGAACUGCUUCACGGCGUCGUCUUGGAAAUUUGUCGCAUGCCAUUCGCCCAGGCGAAAUGUGUCCCCGACAUCCCUUGCGUCAGGGUGCGCUCGGAGGGGCACGCGCGCAACAACACCUCCAAUUUAUCCAGAACCGCUAAUGUCAGCCCCAGACGCUAUGAUUUCUCGAUGGAUCCACGGACCGGCGGUCGAGCUGUCUGCUCUGGCAUGUUUGUCUUGGUUCUCUGCCUGGCAUCCAUCAUAUAUUUAUGGCUCGCUCCCGCCGUGGCAGAGCUGGAAACCUGUCUCCCGACCACGCCUGAUUCACUGGUCCUCUUCGCAAUGAAGCUGGUGAAUCGAGUGCUCGCCGCCUUUUUGGCGGCUAACUCUCUGCUGCAGACAUGUCUCGCUCAGUCGACCGAUGCAGAGGCCUAUACCGAUUCCGAGACAGGCAUCACGUUUGAUACGUGGACUGUCCCGAAGAGCACGACCGCAGGCGGUCUGACCUUUGGUCUUGCUCUACCCAGCGAUGCCUUGGAUAAGGAUGCGAAUGAGUUCUUGGGUUACCUGUCGUGUGCCUCUGGAGACGAGGAAGGCACUGGAUGGUGUGGUGUCGCCCUCGGCGGGUCCAUGAACAGCAACCUCCUCGUCAUGGCUUACCCAUACGAGGACAGCGUCCUCACCUCCCUCCGCUUCAGCACGGGCUACGCGACGCCGGACGUCUACGCGGGCGACGCGAACAUCACUCAGGUCACCUCGCGGAUCAACGCCACUCACUACACCGUCCUCUUCCGCUGCGAGAACUGUCUGUCUUGGGACCACGAAGGCCAAACCGGAAAUGUGUCCACCAGCUCCGGCAAGUUCGUCAUAGGCUGGGCCCAGGCGUCUGACAGCCCCGGCGACCCGGCCUGCCCGGAUGAAAUCUCCCUGAAGCAACACACGGGCCAGGGCAUCUGGGUGGCCAACUUCGACGAGAACAUCGCCAGCGAGUCAUACUCGGACUGGGUCAAGAAGGCCAACCAGACCGUUCCCGGCGAGUGCUCCGGUGAUGGCGGCGGCGGCAACGAGCCUGAACCCGUUCCCGUCCCCAGCAAUGCCACCUACGAUUACAUCGUCGUCGGCGGUGGCGCGGCCGGUAUCCCACUGGCGGACCGCCUCAGCGAGGCGGGCCACAGCGUGCUGCUCAUCGAGAAGGGACCCCCGUCGUCCGGUCGUUGGGGUGGAACGACCAAGCCGGCUUGGUUGGACGGCACUAACCUGACGCGGUUCGACGUGCCGGGUCUCUGCAACGAGAUCUGGGUCGACUCUGACGGCAUCGCCUGUAACGACAUCGACCAGAUGGCGGGAUGCGUCUUGGGUGGCGGAACGGCUGUCAACGCCGGACUCUGGUGGCGGCCGAACUCCGCCGAUUGGGACGAGAACUUCCCCGACGGAUGGCAGUCUUCCGACAUGCAAGCGCCCGCGGAACGGCUCUUUUCGCGCAUCCCGGGAUCCCACCAUCCGUCCACAGACGGGAAGCUGUACUAUCAACAAGGACCCAACCUGAUCGCCAACGGUCUCGAAAAGGCCGGCUGGCAGUCCACCACUUUCAACGAGGCCCCUGAGAAAAAGAACCGCACGUACGGCCACGCGCCGUUCAUGUUCUCGAAUGGCGAGCGCGGUGGGCCCAUGGCGACGUACCUGGUGUCUGCCAGCGCCAGAGACAACUUUGACCUGUGGACGAACACCACCGUUAAGCGUGUUGUGCGCAACGGCGGCCGGAUUACCGGCGUGGAGGUUGAGGCGUUCAUGGACGGCGGGUACAAGGGUACCGUCAAUGUGACUGCGAGCACUGGCCGCGUCAUCCUCUCGGCCGGAACCUUUGGAAGUCCCCGGAUUCUGAUGCGCAGUGGUAUCGGACCGACGGAUCAACUGGAGAAGGUGAAGAACUCCACGGACGGUCCUGACAUGAUUGCGGAGUCGCAGUGGAUCAAGCUGCCAGUCGGAGAGAACUUGAUUGACCAUACCAAUACCGAUCUUGUCGCGACGCACUCGAAGGUUGUUUGGUACGACUUCUACGGGGCGUACGACGACCCCAUCAAGAGCGACGCUGAGAGCUACUUGAACAACCGCACCGGAAUCCUCGCCCAAGCGGCACCCAACAUCGGCCCACUCUUCUUCGACCAAAUCACCGGCUCCGACGGCGUCGUCCGCCAGAUACAAUGGCAGGCCCGAGUUGAGGGUGGCCAUGAAACCCCCGAUGGUCACGCCGUGACUAUCAGCCAGUACCUCGGUCGGGGUCUGACCUCGCGCGGUCGCAUGACUCUCACGACGGGUCUGGAUACCGUCGUCUCGACUCUGCCUUACCUGCGCGACCAGAAUGACGUGGACGCCGUCAUCCAGGGUAUCAAGAACCUGCAGAACGCGCUGAAGGGAACGGGCUUGAACUGGACGUAUCCGGCUCCGAACACAACCGUCGAGGAAUUUGUCAACAACAUGCCUAUCAACGCCGGAACCCGUCGCGCGAACCACUGGAUGGGAACCUGCAAAAUGGGCACCGACGACGGCCGCAACGACGGAACCUCCGUGGUCGACACCAACACCAAGGUCUACGGAACCGAGAAUCUCUACGUCGUGGACGCCAGUAUCUUCCCCGGUAUGAUCACGACCAACCCGUCCGCGUAUAUCGUGACGGUUGCGGAGCACGCGGCGACGAAGAUCCUGGGUGGUCAGAACUCGCAGACGCAGACGCAGCAGACGGGGCAGAGGAAGUGGAAGCAUGGCCACGGACAUUAUUAGAUAUCAGUAUGUUCGGGGAUGAGGGGGGACGGGAGAAGGGGGUGAUUAAUUUGAUACUUUCGUUUCUAUACUUUGUCCGCUCUG